CACCAGUAGUGGCAGCAGCAGGAUGAGUUCAGACGGGGGUGGCCGGCCGGCCAAGGUGGGUUCCCGGGUGGAGGUGAUUGGGAAGGGGCACCGCGGAACAGUGGCAUAUAUCGGUGCAACGCUCUUCUCCACAGGGAAGUGGGUGGGAGUGAUCCUCGACGAGUCGAAGGGUAAGAACGAUGGCACAGUCCAGGGGAAGAGAUACUUCACCUGCCACGAGAACCAUGGCAUCUUCGUACGGCAGUCGCAGAUCCAACUGGUUGAUGAUGGAGCAGACACCACCUCUCCUGACACCCCAGAACCGGCCUCCAACAAGGUCCCCAAACACGAGAUCCUGGAGACACUCAAGUCCACUAAACUGGUGAGUAAGACAGACAGUUAGACGGGAAGACAGGACCAGGGUCAAAGGUCAC